GGUCAACACUAUGGAAUUGACAGAGGACAACAUGAAGCAGCCGUUCUCUGCCAUCCGUCUACUGGUGGCCAGGGCGCUGGGUCUCCAGGGUGAUGAAACCUCCAGUGACAGGCAGCGCACUCUGCAGACCGUGCUCCAAGACACAGUGGAAGAGAGCACCUAUUGCCUGCUAAACGAUGUUUUCUUAGUUGAGUUUCCCAUCACGGACGAGGUUUCCGAGAUGUGUUCCGCUGAACGGGCCAGCGUGUUCCACCUGACUUGUACACAAGUGCUACAGAAGGUGCUUGGGGGGAAAUACGGCAUAUUUUUCAUCGACAACGCCCACUUCCUCGACACUAGGUCCUGGUCUAUCAUGUGGCCCCUGCUUCAAAGUGUCACGGUCUUUAUGGUCAUGAGCUUAGUUCCGGGCCAUGACAGAACAGAGAGCAUUUUCAAAGCUGCCGCAGACUGCAAGACAUCUGAGACGAUCACUUGUGUUCGUCUGGAAGGGCUGAAAGCUUCAGCUGUAGUGCAGAAAGCCUGCCAGGACCUUGGAGUGAGCAGCAUCCCCAGGGAGCUAGCAAGGUUCCUGAUCCAGAGAAGCUCUGGCAUCCCAUAUUACUGUGAGGAACUGCUGCGCUACCUGCGAUGCAACAACAUGCUCUUGUUGCACACCGGGACGCCGGACGAAGGACAGGACAACUGGCAGAGCCUGAUUGCCAAGGCGUCACCUGCUGUCACCGCUGCCUCGAGCUCGGGUACCAGGAAUGACAGCGAAAGGAUCUGUACCAUCAGACCAGACGUGAGCCUGGAGAACCCCAUGCUGCCGGUGGCCUUGGAAGAGAUUGCGCUGGCUGAGCUGGAUCGGAUCAAUCUGGAGAAGCAGAUGGUUCUGAAGUUUGCAGCCGUCAUAGGGCCGGUGUUUACCACCCAGCAGCUGGUUCACAUUAUUCCCAGUAGCAAAAGGCACGGGAUUAAUUCACUGCUGGACAAGCUGGUGGAGGACAACAUCCUGAAGCAACUGGACAUCGAGAAGCCAGAAGGCAAGUGAGGUGCUACAAAGAGGCUGCCCACCUCUGGGCAGGCAAGAAGCGGGAUGAAGAGGCCCUCUGUGAGCAGGGAGACCGUGCAGCAGGAGUCUAAAAUCCUGGCCUUUUGCACCCCUCUGCUGUGGGAGGCAACUUACAAGCUGUGGCCCACGAGGCAGAAGAUCAACAUCCACUGUCAGUGUGCUGCCUUCCUGGAGAGGCAUGCGCACAAAUGCCGGAGGUGCCACGAAGGGGACUUUGUGGCCUUCCACCGCUUUGGCAUCUCCAGCCCCCAGGAGCAGGGGAGCUGCCACAGCCAGGGCUCUGCUGAGAAGGACAACUGGGGCAGCUGGGAGGCCUUGGUAGUUGCUGGAGAACACCUGCGGAGGGCUAGGACCCUCCCUGCAGAGGGGAUUCUGGCAGAAGGCGAGCACACAACGCUGCGGGCCAGGGACAGUGGCCGGUGCUGCCAGUGUGAAGCCAUCGCCGAAGCGGUGCUUGUGCCCCUGGCUCGCCACUACACAGCCAUGGGCAAUGCUUCCCAAGCCUUCUACUACCUGCUGGAGUCUGCGGCUGCCUACCUGCACGUCUCCAACAGCUCCAUGGCCUUCAUGAAGCUGAAUGAAGCGGAGGUCCUGAGGAGCUCCCUAGAGAAAGAAAGGAAUGCCGCAGACCGCUUUGAGGAGGCCAUCUUCUUCAGCCUCAAAGGAGAGGUCUGCAGGAACAUGGGAUGUGUGAAGCUGGCCAGGAAAAUGAGCAGGCAGGCACUAAGCCUGCUGGAAAAGCAUUUCCCCCAGAGCCGUGCUGGGGCCUUUGUCAAGUCUCUGUGGGAAAGGUUGCGGCAGAUUUCUCAGGCCACAGGCAGAGCGUCCUUCCUUCCGCAGGAGGCUCGGAGGAAGAAACAAGCCUGGCUGCAUCACCGGAGCAGAUGCCUCUCCUUGCUCCAGGACCUCUACAGCCAGGAGGGCACAUCUGCUGGACAGAGAUUCUCCCGCCUGGCAGCACUCAUGAAGGCUAACACGGACAGGAAGAUGGACUCCUACCGGGCAGCAGACUCCAACGCUGGACAACUUUGA